AUGGCGGUCGUGUGGGAUAGGUUGCGCGAGGCAGAGCAGCGAGGACAACCUGUUCAGACGCUCGUCGCGGGCCAACUCGCGUACAGCUUGGGCAGGGUCCUCCCCGAGUCGUCAACGUCGCUCAAGAGGAUUGUCCUCGUUGGCGGCGCCAACGCUUCGUUGUCCUCGUGCGACUUCGCCAAGGAACUCUAUCCAGCUCUCUCCUCUCUCGCCCUUGGAGUCCGGCUGUACGCAGUUCCUCCGCCUCGCCCAGCAAGCCCUCUCGCUCUCGCCGAGCUUCUCCUCACCAGCCCUGACGAGGACAUCAUCCGCGACUUCUGCAACCCAGCCGUUACGCCACUGCUGCGGCACCUGUGCCUCCUCGGGCUCGACUUUCCGAGCACGUCGUCGCCCGCCGUCUUCUCCGACGUCGCGCUGUUUAAGCGCCUCGCAGCGCUCGAGAUCAGCUACCGACAAACACCUCCAACUCCCGCCGCAGCCGCCUUCGCACCGAACUUCCCGGUACCUACCCUCCUGCGCACAGAGAUCGCAUACUUCGGCGACCUAUCCCUCCCGUCCCCCCCCCGGACGAGUGCGUCGACAGCGGCGUGGCCUACAUCCAGCUACAUCCACCGCCUCGCCGCCCGUGUCGAGUGGGGCCUUCGACCCAAAGUCUUCUUCCUGCCGGACAAUCUUCAUCCCGACGCUACGCCAGUUCGCGACUUCGGUCUUGGUGAGAUUCGCGACCGCUUCUUAGCCACUCUCAAGAAGCACGGCAACCCAUCCAUUUGCUGGUACCGCGCGGACGAGGAGAUGGGCGCCUCACCUUCGGAACCGUUUCGCCGUUACCUCGACAGGGAAAGGCUCGAGGGGCGCAUGUGA